CGUGCAUGAACUCAUACUUGGCUAACUGUCAUCGAUAGAUAAGGAGCUAUUAAACAACUCCUGUUUCAGCAAAGAUGAAUUUGCUGGCUUGUGUGCUAAUUUUUCUGACAACUGUACUACUACAAGUCAACUCUAAGGAUUUAAAAGCUCUUGAACAGUUAUCAUGUGAACUAGAUGACGUCAAACGCUAUAUUGUCGAUAGACACAAUGAACUGAGGGCAAAUGUUAGGCCUACUCCAAGUAACAUGCUGAGAUUGGAAUGGAGUGAUGAAGCCGCAAUAUGUGCAGCCAAUUGGGCCAAAAAAUGCACUCAUGCACAUAGCAAAUCAGAGGAGAGAGAAAUUCCUAGUUCUGUAUGUGGAGAAAAUUUAUAUAUGGCUAGUAAGCCACACAGUUGGCAGAAAGCAAUCCAAGCUUGGUACGAUGAACAUAAGGACUUUAAAUAUGGGGUAGGAGCAAUAACGACAAAUGCACCAGUUGGUCAUUAUACUCAGAUGGUCUGGUAUAGGUCUAAUUUACUUGGAUGUGCAAUGGCACACUGCCCAACACAACCAUUAAGCUAUUAUUAUGUCUGUCACUAUUGCCCAGCAGGAAAUUCAAAAAAAUCUAUUAAUGAACCAUACGGAAGUGGGUCUUCAUGUGCUAACUGUACACAUGCUUGUGUCAACGGACUAUGCACUAAUCCUUGUGAACAUCAUGAUGAAUUUGACAACUGUAAUGAAUUUGAGGAUUUGUGCGAUGAAACUGAUGAAGACGUCUCCUUUAUUAAAGAUAUCUGCAAAGCUACGUGCAUAUGUGAUGACGAAAUUCAGUAAUCUUCUUGUUAUAACUGUAUAAACAAAUGCAUUGAGUAAUAAAACUAAUUAGUAAACAAAGACAUCAUCACACAACAUCAUUUGUAUGUGUUUUCCUUUGUCACAAAAUGCCUCUUCUAUACUCUGCAAAUGGAAA